AGCGGGGCAGCGGGGCGGCUGUGCGGCGCGGCGGACGCUCGGUCGGGAGCCGCGGGGCCGACGCGUCCCGCCCUCGGAACAAUGGGAGCGGGCGCGCGCGGCGGCUGGGCCGCGCUGGUCCUAUGCGCGCUGCUGGUGCUGGCGCUGCUGAAGGCCGCCGUGGACAGCGCGGGCCUGGACGGAGCUCCAGACGCAAGGAAGUUGGUGUCUCCAGGAAACAACAGUGCUGACUCAACAGGCAACGCCACCACGGUGACCUCCAGCCACACGGGUGCGCCCCCCAACACGACGAAAGCCCCCACGCCCGCCCUGUCCCACGUCCUCAGGACACACGCUGUCAGCACCUCGACGCCCACAGCAGCACCCGGACUCACAACACGGGGGGCCUCCCCGAAUACGACCUCCGCCACCCACGUCUCCCACAGCGCGUCCCAGACGCCGUCCACCGCGACCACGGCCCACAACCGUUCGGCCACCUCUGUGCCUUCACCCGUGACAAUCACAGCAACUAUCAAUUCUAAAGAAAACCCAGGAUCGAAAUUUGACAUUGGCAGCUUUCUCGGUGGCAUCGUAUUAACCCUGGGAGUUCUGUCGAUUCUGUACUUCGGAUGCAAAACGUACUAUUCACGAAGAGGCAUUCGGUACAGAACCAUCGAUGAACACGAUGCCAUCAUUUAAGGGACUCCAGGCACCAAUGGGAAGAUCAAUACAGCCCUAUCGAUGAAUUUGGAUGAUUCUCCUUGGAAACAGUAUACGCGGAUCAUGUUUAUAUAGUACAUUGUACGUUAUACGCAUGUGAAGACUCCUCAGGAUUACUGAAGAUAGAGUUUGGUUUCGGUUUUUAAAUGAGCAUUUGCAGUGGUUACAGUCACUUCUAAAAACACACAGACCAGUGCCGUUCUCCUUCUUGUGGUCUUGGUCACGCGGGGGGAGUAACUCACUGUGACGGCACGUACCGACGACGCAGACCUUCACUGCUCCCCAGAGCCGGCUCUGCUCUAAAGCCACACCGCAGAAAUUCCGAGUAAAUCAGGUCUCCGACAUAACUUUAGUUUUACAGCUUCACGCUUGGGUGAGAAACAAAAUGCACCACCCCGCCCCCAGCACGAGAACGUGUGGCUGAGCCCUGUUCGAGCUUGUGUCGUCAUUACAGCUUCUGUGGCACUUUGUCUCUUCCCUCUCUCAUUUCUGCACGUCGUAGCAGCGUAUUCACGAUCUCGUCCGCUUACCUUCCUACUGUGAGUGUUGCCGCUGCUGGAAACUGCGCUGUUUCAUACGCACCAGUUAACUGUAGGUUGAGUUGUAGGAUGGUUUAAUGUAGUGUAAACAUACUAACGUAAGCCCCUGUGGGAUUUCUCUAGAGCUCUAGAAGGCUGUGUGGAUCGAUCCAGGGACAGGAGGGCACCCCUCAGGCUACUGACCUACAGGAAGAAGAUGCUGUAUUUUUGUGCACUGUUGAUUUUAUCUGAUUUGGGGAUAGACUAAAAAACCUUUAUUCCAAAUACAAAUCCUUAAGCAAUUUUUAAGACCAGAAACUCUUCUUAUUCUUCAGGCCCCUCCUCUCCUGUAGAGGGGCACUUGAGGCUGUAUUAGGUUAACAGAAAAAGCACAGUAUUGUCGGGACACCAGUAUUAGUCAACUUAUGUUUGGGUGUUCAGUUUUGUUUUCGAGUUUACGUUACAGCAGUCAGAACUCACGGUCAAGUUUUGACAAGAAAAAAAGCUGUUUCAGUCAUACUAAAUGACUACGCAAAGUGAAGUACCACCACUUUCCGCCCACAAGCUAAGCUGUCCUGAUGACGGUGCGUCUACACUGAAGAGGUUGGCCCUUCUGGGACCAGCUUUUGGCCUUCAGAGAAUGUCAAGAAUUUUGAUACAGGACAAUCCUUCCUAGUCACUGUGCAGCCAACUGAGGUGGUGACCAUGGGUAGUGUGGUGAGGACAGAGAGGUGGGCUGAUUGUGUAACUUGCCUACCUGGUCUUUAAACCGCUUGAUGGAUACAGUGAUGGGGGCCUUUUACCUUUUCCUCCUUUUGUCUUCUGCAUUCUUCAGAGUUCAGUACUUGAGGUCGAACCUUGUCUUCCCUGAUACUUGCUUCUCUAGCACUUUGAAGAUGUGAAACCACUUUUUU